AUGUUUAAACAAAUAGUGUCUCAACGUGUACUACUGAUAUUAGAAAAUACAAAGUUAGUAGCGCAGACAUCAUUAGAAGACGUAUGUAAUACCCAUAAAAGUCAGAUAAUACAAAUUGUUUCCACUACUGAUGGUUCCUUAAAUCCGCCAGUAGUGGAAAACUUUAAUAAAAAUUCUAGCUUUGACGAGUUAUUAGACGAUAUUAGUAGUCAGAAACUUACUGAUGGUCCCUUGAAUUAUUCGCAAAUAGUAGAGAACGGAAAAAAAUCAAAGAAUACAGACGUACAGUUUUAUAAGUUACUGGAAUCGCUAUGGCCAAACGGGAAACCAGUGGCUCAGCCAAAACUAAAUGACAUACGCAGUUAUUUGCAUCUUAUUCCUGAGGCUGAUCAUAAUUUUUAUACUAGUCUAAUAGGAGACCCUUCAAUAGAGGAAGACAUAUACGGUUAUAAUGGCGAGUUAGACUUUGACCUUGACCAAUAA